AUGGAAAGUGAAGUUCAAAGAGACGGCAGGGUUCUUGAUCUAACAGAUGACGCUUGGAGGGAAGACCGUCUACCUUAUGAAGAUGUCACUAUCCCAUUGGUAAGGAAAGCCUUUCAACAAUGACGUUUAUGGUGCAACAAUGUUCAUGAUGAGGUUUAGCUAGCUAUAGCUAACUUAACGCGUUACAUAGAUGUAGCUUCUGCAUCUGGCUCACUCAUAAUUAUUAAUGAAUAGCUAGCUAGCUAUACAAUUCAUACAUCAGAGUUUUUAUUAUUUGAUCCCCAAUCCAAAUCGCUGAUGGGUAGUUAUAAAGCCUUACCUGCCUAAGCUACUAUAAACCCUAAAAGUAGACUUUGGACUUGACUACCUAAAGUGUAUACUAGGGGCACUGUAGCUAAUGUUACAUGUACAACCGGUAACUGCCAAAAUAAAGGAAACACCAACAUAGUGUCUUAAAUUAAUAGGGCGUUGGUCCACCGCGAGCCGCCAGAGCAGCUUCAAUGCACCUUGGCAUAGAUUCUACAAGUGUCUGGAACUCUAUUGGAGGGAUGCAACACCAUUCAUCCACGAGAAUUUAAAUCAUUUGGUGUUUUGUUGAUGGUGGUGGAAACCGCUGUCUCAGGCGCCGCUCCAGAAUCUCACAUAAGUGUUAAAUUGGUUUGAGAUUCAUUACGUCUUGCAAUGGAAACCGUUUACUGUUUAAGAACCAAAAAGUAGCAAACGAAACGGCGAGGGAAUUUGACUAAUAGACGAGACGUUUUGCAACAGAAUCGGUGUAAUGAAUACACCCCUGGUGACAGACACUCCCUUUAAUAAACCCCCUAUGCUCCUUUGAGACCCCUCUUUCAAAGUCACACUGAUCUUUUCUAAACAUAGUAGCCAAAAUAAUGGACAACUGGGCAUUUUUAUAUGGGAUGUUUUAAUUGCUUAAUUAACUCUGGAACCACACCCGGGUGGAAGGACCUGCUUUCAAUAUACUUUGUAGCCCUCAUUUAUGCAAGUGUUUUCUUUAUUUUGGCAGUUACCUGUGUAAAUAGCUAGUUUAGUUAAUGAAUGCCUUUUUUAAAGAUUUGACCUUACAUUUACAUCAGUGACCCUACCUUUUAGUCCACAAGGGCCUCACAGAAGUGUCUUCUCUCCCUGGUGGUAUCCAAUAGAGCAAAUGCCUUUGGCAUGAGUCCUCUAUCUGUUUUCAGAAAUCAGUUUCUGAAUAAAGACCCUUUUAGGAAUGUCCGAUACUCAUGCUACUGUAUAAGCCUGGACAAUACUACUAGUUUGCGUUCAUGUGGUUAAGCCUUUUUUCUUCCCUCCUGCAGAGUGAACUGCCUGAAGCUGAGCAAGAUAAUGGAGGAUCAACAGAGUCGGUGAAAGAACAAGAAAUGAAGUGGUCGGAUUUAGCCCUUCAGAGUCUGCACGAGAAUACACCCAACACUGGGACUCAGCUACUUCGUGAAUGGACGCUGUGCCUACUCCAGUGUACCCGUGGUUGAACAGUUGUCUGUUUCCUGUAGUCUUACAAUGGUCAACAGAAAAUCAUUGACGUGGUAUUUUGUCAUUCAUGUUGAAGGACCCCCUCAAACCCACAAUGUCUUUCAGUUCAAUAAUUGAACCUGGAGUGCAGCAUCCCUGGACUAUUUGUAGAUUUUCUUAUUGGCCUGACAGAAAUAAAUGUAUUGUAAACUGAGUAUAAUGAAGCAAAAUAAACAGAUGUUUUAUUUUAUACAUCCACUCUUUUUUCCUCAGUCAAAGGCAAUGCAUAUUACAAGUGUGACAUACGGGUGGCAAAUACAUAGGUAUACUUUUGUAAUUGGCUCCUUGCCUCUGGCAUCAAACAGGGAAAAUGCAAUUACCAGUAGGUUCACUGAAAUAUGUAUGCCAUCCUCACAGUACUUCACAUUUAAGUGUUUAUCAUUAGGUCUAGUCAAGACAUCUCAGGGAGCUUUGUGUUAUGUAAAAUACAAUUUGUUUAGGACAAAGGCUCACAGGAAUACAUGAUCUCCAUCAAAAGUAGCAUUGAACAUUCUAUACUGCAAUAUUGCAAGAGACCACUGACAACAGACAAAUGCUCAGUUAUUUCCUGAACAAUUGUAUUAUUGUUAUAUUCAACAACAUAAUACUCAAUUUACUGAGACAGCUGUUUUCACAUUCAAACACGUUCUUUAGCCACUUACUGUGCUCCAUAACAAAGGAGAGACGGGAGUAUUCAGUUUGUAUCCAUUUGAACAGGUAGGGGCCAUUCAUGAAGCAAAAGAUAACAGUACCUUCACAAGCAAUGGGGGUUACAACAUAUGGUCAAAGGCAAUGUUCCCUCAAAUGUUUUCUGGUACUGAGCAAAUUUCAGCUCUGCUGAGCGCAAACUUGACCGUUGUGAAAAUUCUGUGCAACUUUCAGCGAGCGUUUACUGUGAAUACUGAGGCUGUACCCCCUUUAAGUUAGUUUUAACAGUGGCCAUGUUGGCUACUAUGGUUAUUUGAUCAUAAUGUAGGCCUACCAUCAAAAACAAUGGAGAAAAUGCAUCCCAUAACAUUUUAACAUGUUCUAUAAUUCAGCCUACAGUAGCAGCCAAUGUGUUCAAUCUAGGCCUACAUUCCAUGAGACUUCUGAAAAAAAAAACAUGCAGGGCUUGACAACCUGUUUAUCCACUUGUCCUUCAGACAAGGUGGUGACUGAAAAUGCUGUUGUGUUUGAUGCAAGAAACCACUUUUACAAAAUAAAAUGCAUUAUUAUUCCCAUACCAUUAUUAUAGAGAAUCAGACAAAUUAUGCUAACCUCUGCCUAUUGGCUUCUUAGCUUAUUCAAGCCUGUCUCUAAAUAUACAACACUGCCCCUUUAAGACAAAAAAAGAAAGCUCUUUACCGGAGUUUCUUUUCAAUGUCUAGAAAUGUACAGGUUUUGUGCUCUUGUAGGAAGCAAUCACUCCCCUAUUGCUGACUACAAACUAUAACUGGGUUAAUAACUCACUAACUAGCAAAGGAUAUGAACAAAAUGUGCACACGUGGCUACAUGCAGCUCUCGCUCUGAUCUCAAAACAAGCGCAUCUACUCAGUACCGCUCAUACUGUAAACACAAUCCAGUUAAAAGUAAAUGGCACAGAUCCAUAUAUGGUAAUGAUCUAUUUGCAUAUAGGACUACUGCAGCUCUGAUUGUUUAUGCCACACUGGUCUGUAUGGAAGUACGGGCUGAGUAGUGUGUCAAUAGAAUCCUACUCGGAUGCGUUCUGCCUACAACAAAAUCUCUUGCAUAGUUCGUUUUGUUUCGGUAUGUUGCAUUGAAAGUAGCUAAUAUUGCAUUGAUUCAAUCACAAUUGUCACCAUAAAGGGAAAUGUUGAACGUGUUAACAGGGAAAACUCUAGAACACUGGUCACCAACCUUUUCUGAGUCAAGAUCACCAAGUCAAAAUGCAAGCUGAGAGCUACCGCUCAGAUUUUUAAAAAAUACAUUACUUAAAAAACGUAAGCCUAUCCAACAUUAACCAAUUAAAAACAGUACUGUAGCAAUGAGGUUUGUGCAGUAAGCUGAGGUAGGCUAUAUGAUCACACAGGUAAUAUAUCCGUUGUUGUAUUACUUGUGAGGCACAGCUGAGUGAGCAUAACAUUUAAAUAAUUUGCUUUUUAUUUUACUGGGCUGAUGGCGCCUGCAUCUGAUGGUCAGUCUCAGCAGAGGGAGAGAGCAACCGACUGAGGGUCCACCUCUCAACAUCCCUCCGCUCUCCCUUUCCUCCACUGACCAAAAAGGGACAGUCUUCCAGCUGAUGGUUAACUCGAGUCGCACCGCAUUAUUUCUGCCUCAUGCACAAAUUCAUGUUGUUACUCCUAUGAGAAAAGUGAAAUAUUCCUCCAUAUUAAAAAGACCCAAGCCGGUAAUAAUAACGCAAGCCUAUAGAUACACUUUCCUACUCAUUCAUUACUGCUGCAGUGCUUGUAACACUGAGUGGAAAUAGGAAGAAAGCGCAUUUUAUGGUUUAUAAACGUGUUGACAAUGCCGAGUAAGAACUUAAACAUGAACUCACUCAAAAACAGCAGCUCUUUGCUGUAUUCGUUGACAGUCUCUCUCUAGUCAUGGUUUUAAACGUUUUGAAAUCUCACAGUAUCAAUUUUGCUGUAGCUUUUUUUUAUGCCUGCUACCUUACUGUAUACACGGUAAUCUGAUCCAUCCGAUUGGUCAGCGGUAGGCCCUAUAGAGCACUUGAUUUGCUCUCUGGGCCCGCUGGAAAGGCAGAGUUUGUACCUUCAGACACAUGAAAUGGUUGAAAAUGGCAACAGGCCGAGACGAAUAUUUUUUGUUUGUUGAAACAAGGCUUUAUCGUUGUUGUUUUUCACAGAAAUGUUUGGCGAUCCACUAGGAAUGCCUUGGAGAUUGACAUGACCACUGCUCUAGAAAAUUGAGUGAAGUUCAAUCUCGUGCUUCUCUGUGGGUUGAUAUUUCUGCGCAGCAGUCCCAGGGGAGCUGCGCGGCAGUCUCUGGGCAACUGCAUGCGCGCAGUUUAGAGGGAACGUUGGUCAAAGGUAUAUAUGGUUUCAAAAUGCAAAUAUAGCUAGGUUUCCAUCCAAUCGAAGACAGAUUUUCAUGCGAAUAUUCAAAAAUCCGGAUAAAAACACUGCGCAUUUUCCCACCAGAGAUGUUUUUCUAUUAAAUUGACAUGUUGCAGAUAAAAAGCUGUGCGUGAUGACAGUGCACAUAAAAAUAACUUUUGCGGUUAAAUCACCAUGUACCGAAUAAAAAAAAAACAAUUUAAAUGGGUUUGAAUUGCAUUUAACGCGACAGAUGGUUUUGUCAUUAUAAUUAUAUAUUUUUGCAUUAUAUAGCGAAUGUACCCACUCUGGUCUUUGCAGGUGUGCUCUAGCCAACAGCUCGCAGAUACAGUGCGGGUAUAGUCUACUACAUGAUGAGAUCAUUAUGGACAGAAGAGCUAAAUUAUUCAUCAUCAUGUCACCAGAAUAAGACCCUCAAUAUUGGAAAGCAGCAUAAUGCACUUUCACCACCCUGUGAAGUUCAGAAUUUAUUUCAUCUGUAGCCUAACAAACUGCAUGCUUUCCCGAGUUGUAGUGGGAGGACCCCACACACCAUAUCAUCGCGUGACUCCAAAUGUACUUCUAAUGGUUAUUGUAUAGAUAUUAGCGCAUAAAAGGCACUUCCACUGCCAUUUCUUGCAUAAUUAAUUUUACUAACAGAAAAAGAACCCACCUUGUCUAGUGUAUUUUGUUAUGUCGACAUUUGGAAAGUUUACCAACACAUGUGCUGUUUCCAUCAGGCCUGUCCUGAUAUUUUUAUCCAAUGUACUUUACUCACAUGAAAAAGUUUGAUGGAAAUCUGGUUUAUGACCUGCUUUUGAAAUUGAAUGAGAUUAAUCUGAAUCCUCUGUCAAUUUGACUGGCUGUUGACAAAUUCCAGUGAAAGCAGACAGUUGGUUCCAAAAUUGUUAUUUCAAUUUUUUUCUUCUUCAAAAUGAUCCCAAACAUUUAUGCAUUCAAAUUACUUUAUGGUUUCCACUCUGGGAACUAUUUCAAAAUGUAGUUGGUGGCGUGAAUUCACUUGCUCGAGCUGAGCAAGCAUUUCAAUGUGUGAAGUGUUGUAGAAAAAACAAAUUUUUCAUAACUUUAUUAAGUUAGUCCUUUGAAAUUGGCAGAAAAAAAACAAGACUACAAAACAUUUUAAAAUAAUAAUUAUUUUACACCUCCCACGGUAACAUUGUCAUUCUCAUAACCAGUCGUUAGCCCAUACAUGAGCAAGAAUGCUUUCACGGUCAAAAAGACUGCCAAAAUGUUUGGUCCCUCCUACAAUGAAGAACAAGCCUCUGUACCAAAGCAUUCCAUUAUAAUUAAAUUCACUCUGCUUUAUAGCAAAAAUACAUCAAAGCUAAGAAUGGCACAGUCACAGAGCAAAUAAAAUAUUAACAGCUACCAUUUCAAUGAGUCACAACUGCGUGGCUUCUUAGAACAAUUGAAGAAAUUAUGGUUAAUUCAGUACAUUCUGUAAAAAGUCUCUUAUAAUUUGAUUUUUACAAUUCAUAAAAAAUACAGAGAAGAAAAAUAAUGCGAAACGGUCUGACGACAGUCCACUGUCCUGCAGAGGCUGUGGAACUUUCUAAUCUCGAGUUGAGUCACUUACUUGCUUCCUAAAACCCGGGCAAAAGUUAGUUUGACACGUUUUUCUCAAGUCUCUUCUUCAUUCUGCGUGUAUUUCUGUCUCGGGCCUCUGCAGGGCCAGUUCAGCUGGGAUGAAGGCACCCUGGCCCAAGGCAGUGGAGUACGCUCUGUUGCUGUGGCUACCUGUGAAGCCAGGGUUGGUGGGGAAAGAGCCAGAGGAGCCCCCAUGGGGGUUUGGCAUGGGGGCCUGUGGCUGAGGUACUGCUGCUGGGUGGUAGUCAUCCAUGUUGUCGUAGUGGGACUGCACCGUAAUGGUGCUGUGUCUCUGCUGCCCACCGUGGGGCUGGUAUGAGUAUUCUCUGUCUGGUUCGGGCAUGGUGGCUUGGCUGUAGUGCUGCUGCUGCUCUCGGACGCUUUGCGACCGCUCAGGCUUGGGAGGGGCCUGCGCUUUGACGGGGGCCGACUGUUGUUGCUGGUCGUCUUUUUCCUGGUAACCACCGGGGGUUUUGGCCAUGUUUGGAUGCCGGUCUGGAUCGGGCCAUUCGUAGCGGGGUUGGAAGCUCCGAGCUCCGUCCGCUGGGUUGUGUCGGCUGGGGUCCUGCUGAUGAGACUGGUUGCGGGGUGGGUGUUGGGCUUGGUGCGAGUGGGAGGCCUGGCAGGUCCUGGAUCUGCUUUGUUUGUCCCCAGUGUCGGUCCCCUGACAGUGCUUCUCUGUCUCCAUGUACAUGAGGACGUCGGGGUCUGACGCUCGGGGAGCGUGCUGGAAGCCUAGCGGUACGCCGUAG